GGAAGUAGUGCGGCUUCUUUUAGCGGCAGUCUCUGAAAAUUGCCGCGUCUGCUUGAGCUCCUCGCUUAAUAAAGGAAUGUCUGAUUCCAUUGGAAGUGGCCGUUUUAACCUCCCUGACUAUGACCAGUUCGAGGAUGAGAGCUUUCCUCCUCUCCCACCACCCCUCUCCCCAGGCCUUGGAGGGGACGACCCGUUUGGGGAGGAAGACGGAGACCUCUCCAAACUAGCAGAUGUUCCCGCAGCUAAACGAAGGACGGUCAAAAGGCCACAGCCCAAACUGGAUUCCCAGAGGCUCACUUCAGAGAGGGGACUACCAGCUCUACGGACCCUUUUUGGCAAUGUCAGAUUUAAAGGCAAAGGGCAUGAGGCAGAAGAUCUGCGUGUAGUCAUGCAGAAGAUGGAGAACUGGGCCCACAGAUUGUAUCCCAAACUGCAAUUUGAUGAUUUCAUGGACAAAGUGGAGAGGCUGGGAAGCAAGAAGGAUGUUCAGACCUGCCUGAAGAGAAUACGACUGGACAUGCCUUUGGUUCAUGAGGACUUCAUUGGGGAGACAGAGGUGACUCCGGUGCAGCAUGUCUUUGACGAUCCAGAACCCUUUGGCAGCACUGGGAGAUUCCCUCUGGGCUCCCAAGGCCCAGCCCACUCCACCCCAGGCCCCUCCACCCCAGCCCCCUCCACCCCAGCCCCCUCCACCCCAGCCCCCACCCUGACAGAGGAGCAGCAGAGGCGCAUCGAGCUUAACAGACAGCUGGCCCUGGAGAGGAGGCUGGCCAGAAGACAGCUCCCCACAGACCAACCAGACUCCCAGGCAGCCUCCUCCCAGGCGGCCGUCUCCGCCCAGGCAGCCUCCUCCCAGGCCACCUCUGCCCAGGCAGCCUCCUCCCAGGCCACCUCUGCCCAGGCAGCCUCCUCCCAGGCCACCUCUGCCCAGGCAGCCUCCUCCCAGGCCACCUCUGCCCAGGCAGCCUCCUCCCAGGCCGGUGUACAGGCCUCUUCUGUACACCUACCCCAAGCUAUUUCGCCACCGACUGAGCCCUGUCCACUGGUGCCUGGGUUUGAGGAAAGGAAGGACAUGGAGGUGGGCCCCAGCACAGAACCCCCAAUAGACGCCGAACUCGACCCAGCGUGAGGGAGUAGAGCCCAGCCAGCCCGGGAGUAAACUUGACAGCCGUUCACUUUUCCCGUGCACGCUUGCACAGUGCAGGUCUCCAUUGUGUUCUUGGUUUAUUUGAAAGCUUGUCUUCUGUUUUGGACAUGCAAACCACACUGUACAUUGUGUCCUAAAGUGGUCCUUAGUUAAUAUGUGCAGGAGUCACUAACUUAUUCUCAAAGUUGGUUUUAAUUGGAUAUUUUUUCCCAAAUAUUACAUUUUAAUUAAAACUAAAGUGGACGCCUGUUGUAGGCUUUGUGUGACUUAUUUAAGAUUUAAGAUUUGUUACAGCUGCCGUACCUUGUUCACGUUUGUUCAACAUUUGCAUUUUUUGACAUUGUUUCAGCACUGCAUUAGCCUAUUGGGGCUAAUCCGUAUUUGGUCGUCACACCAAAAAAGGAGUGUUUGUUUUGCCUUGUAUAGUGUGACAGAACAUGCAACAUUAUGCUAUUCCAUUCCCAAGAUGAAACCUUUUUAUUCAUUUCUAUAAAUGGGUGUAGUUAAUAAACUCUGCUUGAUUAGGUAAACUAAUCUUUAAUGUUAUUUAAAAAUUGGAUUUCUGACAAUAAAUGUAAAUGAAAACAUCUGUACAAAAGGUAAUCGAAAAAUAGAUUUACAAUGUAUACAGAAUACCGAUGUACUAGGCCCAAUAUCAAUCCCUCCAGUCAAUUUUCCCCGAUACUAAUCUCAAACACAAUUGAAAUAGCCAGAAACUUGGUAACUGACUCCUUUUUUAAUUUAGGAAAAUAGGUAAAAAUAGUAAAAUAUAGAAAAAGC